AUGGUGGCGGCGGGCGCGCGCACGGGCACGGGCGCGGGCGCGCGGGGCCCGCGGCCAAUCGGCGGCCUCCGCAUCCGUCGGCCCGGCAACCCCGGAGCAGGACGCUGCCCGCUGCCGGGCGGGCCCCUAGGGCCCCACCCCCAGUGGGGACAGGGUUGCGGCGGCCGCCGGGUGCCCGCCAUGCCCCAGGAGCCCCGGCCGGGGUCCCGGCAGCGGGGCGGCCCCCCGGCCCCGCCAGGCAACCUGUCCCGCUCCAAGUCGGUGAGCAGCGGCGACGUCCGCGGGGUCCUCGGCGGGGCCGUGGGGUCGGCGCUGAGCCGGCUGGCGCUGAGGGCCGAGCGACCCCCGAGCCCCGGCGCUGGACCACCUCCCUCCGCCGCCUGGGGCCCCCCCCCCGCCGCCGCCGCCGCCUGCCCCCCCGCCUUCGCGGCCAGCGGGCCCGCCCCGCUCAGCCUCCGGGCCCGGGCCCCGCCCGCCGAGACCCCCGACAGGCACAACCCCGCCAAGGACAACCCCGCGCACGCCCACCACCGCAGGACGGCUCACCACACGCUGCUCCUGGGAUCGGGCCACGUCGGCCUCCGGAACCUGGGGAACACGUGCUUCAUGAACGCCGUGCUCCAGUGCCUGAGCUGCACGCGCCCGCUGCGGGACUUCUGUCUGCGCAGGGACUUCCGGCUUCACCCCAGAGCGGGCCGCACCCAGGAGCUCACCGAAGCUUUCGCGGACGUGCUGGGAGCCCUGUGGCACCCCGACUCCUGCGAGCCCGUGAACCCCGCCCGCUUCCGCGCCGUCUUCCAGAGGCACGUCCCCGCCUUUGCCGGGUACAGCCAGCAGGAUGCUCAGGAAUUCCUCAAGUUCCUCAUGGAGCGGCUGCACCUGGAGAUCAACCGCCAAGGCCGGCGUCCCCCGCCCAUCCUGGCCGAGUCCUCGGCCCCUUCGCCUCCCCGCCGGGGGACCCCCCUGCUCAACGAGGCUAUCCUCAGUGACGACGAGCGGGCGAACCUCAUGUGGAAACGAUACCUGCAGCGGGAAGACAGCAAGAUUGUGGAUCUGUUCGUGGGCCAGCUGAAAAGCUGCCUCAAAUGCCAGGCCUGCGGUUACCGCUCCACCACCUUCGAGGUCUUCUGCGACCUGUCGCUGCCCAUCCCCAAGAAAGGGUUUGCCGGCGGGAAGGUCUCCCUGCGAGAUUGCUUCAACCUCUUCACCAAGGAGGAGGAGCUCGACUCUGAGAACGCCCCGGUGUGCGACCGCUGCCGGCAGAGGACGCGGAGCACCAAGAAGCUGACGGUGCAGAGGUUCCCCCGCAUCCUCGUGCUGCACCUGAACCGCUUCUCGGCCGCCCGCGGCUCCAUCCGGAAGACUUCCGUCAGCGUCGACUUCCCCCUGCAGCAGCUCAUCCUGGGCGACUUCGCCAGCGACAAGGCCGGGAGCCCCGUGUACCAGCUCUACGCCCUGUGCAACCACUCGGGCAGCGUCCACUACGGUCAUUACACGGCCCUGUGCCGGGGACAGACCGGCUGGCGCGUCUACAACGACUCCCGCGUCUCGGCCGUCAGCGAGAACCAGGUGGCGUCCAGCGAGGGCUACGUGCUGUUCUACCAGCUGGCACAGGAGCCCCCCCCGGCGCCCGUGACCCCGGCGGCCCCCUCCCCAAAACAAACGUGUGUGACCCCGGGCCCUGUAACCACCCCCUGCAGCGCGGACGGCGAGCCGGAGGGGACAUCACAGGGCGGAGGGCACAGGGCGGAGGGCGCAGCGCCCCCCGCUGGCCGGCCUGGGUCCUGCGGGAGUCCGAGUUGGAGGCCGCCAUAA